CAUUUCACAGUUCCUCAAUCGUUUCGAGAAUGGUGUAGUCGAAAAGAUUUCCUUUUUUUUGUUGUUGAAAUAAAAGCGACACAACUUAGUGGGAUGGGUGUGUGUCACUGUCCACGAAACAAAGUUUGACAGGGAGUAGCUCUGAAAAGGGUCGGCUAAUUAUAAUACCGAACUGAACCGCCCCCAUACCUCUCGGCUUUUACUUGGUGGUGAACAACAUUCAGUUAACAUAGGAAGAGAUAGGAAGCACGUUGCUAGUUAGCUUGAAGUAAAACCUAAUAUUAUCCCCCAAGGCAAAUUUGUAUGGGUCAGAAAAUAGCAAGGACAUGAUUUUGAAGCCGAUGUACAUGAUUAAGCUGUCAGAUUUCUUGGAUUUAAGUUGAAAACCACAGCUAUGCUGUUAUGCUAGCUCUGAGUUGGACUGAAAUGGCCUCAGUGCCGAAUCCUGCAGUUUUUCUCACUUCUUUUAUGGAGGAAAUAAGCUGUCUGUCACUCUGAGGUGAGAGUCUCUGCAUACAGAGCUCGUGAUGAAAGCUCUCGGCGCGCGCUCCGCGUUCUACGUGGGCUUUGUGGUGGGCACGUGCACCCUGUACGUGCUCCUGCGUCAGGUUGGGUUCACGCGGAACGUGGGGUCUGUUGAGCCCGAGGCCCACAAGAAAAGCCCGCUGGAGAUGGUUGAAGAAGAAAACAAGAACUGGAAGAAGGAGAGGUUGGCUCUCUUCAACCUCAAUCACCCUCACCAUACAGGUGAGGAUGGCACUCUGGCUGACGCUCUCUAUAAGCGUGUACGCAUUUUGUGUUGGGUCAUGACCGGCCCUAAUAACCUUGAGAAGAAAGCUCGGCACGUGAAAGCCACGUGGAGUCGCCACUGCAACAUUGUGGUCUUCAUAAGCUCUGUGGACGACCCUGAUUUUCCUACGGUUGGCUUAAACACCAAGGAAGGUCGGGAUCAGCUGUACUGGAAAACCAUUCGUGCUUUCCACUACGUCAUGGACAAGCACGGGGACGAGGCAGACUGGUUCCUCAAAGCGGAUGACGACACUUACGUGGUCGUCGACAACCUGCGCUGGAUUCUGGCCAGCCACUCUCCAGAGGACCCGGUGUAUUUCGGCCGGCGGUUUAAGCCGUACGUAAAACAGGGCUACAUGAGUGGCGGUGCUGGUUACGUGCUUAGCAAAGAGGCUCUGAGGAGGUUUGUUGUGGGCUUUCGCACAAAAGUGUGCACUCACACUAGCUCAGUGGAGGACCUAGCUCUGGGUCAGUGUAUGGAGAAGAUAGGCGUUGUGGCAGGAGACUCCAGAGACACCUUAGAAAGAGAGACAUUCCAUCCUUUCGUACCAGAGUCCCAUCUCACUGGUACAUUUCCUAAGACCUUCUGGUAUUGGAACUACUGUUAUUACCCCAUUGUGCAGGGCCCACAGUGUUGCUCAGACCUGGCUGUUUCUUUCCACUAUGUGGAUGCAUCACACAUGUACCUGCUGGAAUACUACACUUACCACUUGCGUGCCUUUGGCUACAAAUACCGCUAUCAGCCCCCUGAGCCCAGUGUCAUACAAGACUUAAAUGCUCCAGCCCCAGACAAAGUGGAAAUCGGAGACAUAGAGGAAAAGCUGGGGGCAGAAGAACAGGAAGGAGAAAAGAAAUCCCUCGAGCAUAAUGAAAAGUUAUAGCAGAUUUUUGCGUAGGAAUUUUUACAAGUAACAUUUAAAAUCUUCUUCCAAAAGAACUGUUUUUGGGAUGGCUUUGUUUCUUGGAUAAUGUCUUAAAAUAUAUUCUAUAUUGUGCCACAGAAAUGUGUGCAUGACAUGUUUGCGUGAUUUAAUGAAGUGGUACAGUUGGGAGUGUGCUCCUCUUAAUAAUGCAAUUGUAUGCGAAUGUUUAAAUAUGACAGUGCGGAAUUGUAUGAAAUGAAGGUUUAGACUUGUGUGUAGGACCCUGCCUUAAUAGUAUAAUAACAUUGGGUAAUAUUUUGGGGCCAGAAGCAAGGUUGCCUCUGCAUUCGUUAUACUUUGCAUUCAUUUCUAAUUUGUAUUUCUUUGUAUAAAAAUAUGAGUUUGCUCUGCACUGUCAUCAUAAACACACAUCAUAAAAUGUAUGAUUUAACAGCAAUGCCAUAAGAAAAAGGGGCACUGAUUUUACUUUCAUUUGCUCAUUCCCUUGAAUUAGUGCCUCUGCUCUGAUCCAGAAAAAUCAUGCAUUUCCAUAUGUCCCUGGACCACGUUUGUAUUGAGUUUAGGCAAUAUUUAAACAGCAGCUUAUAGAUGUGUUUUCUCUACACAGUCUACAAUACCUUUGCCAAAGUUGAACGUGCACAAUUUACUUUGACUAAGAUUACAUCAAAAUAAAAAUUAACCAGGAUGUAGUCCUUCAACUGACACCAAAACAGCUAUUACCCUUCUCUGAAAGUUAAAGGGAUAGUUCACCCAAAAAUGAAAAUUGUCAUCAUUUACUCUUCCCAAAGUUGCUCCAAAUCUGUACGAGCCUCUAUGAGAAGAUAUUGCGAAGAAUGUAGGUAACCAAACUGUUUCUGGUAGCCAUUUACUUGUAUAGUAUGGAAAAAAAUACUAUUGUGGUCACUGACUACCAGCAAUUGUUUUGUUCUUCAAAAUAUCUUCCUUUGUGUUCAGCAGAAGAAAGUUCAUACAGGUUUGGAACAACAUGAGUAUGAGUAAAUGAUGACAAAAUUUUCAUUUUUGGGUGAACUACCCCAUUAGGAAAGUUUCAAGAAUACGGAUUAGUAAGAUUCUGUUGGCUGGCCCAAUAGUUCAUGAGUGCCUGGGAAAGAAGUAAAGGUAGCAAGGUAGAUAAGACCGUGUAAGUAUACACGGUUUUUUUCUCCAUGCUAAUGGGAAUUGUGGUCUUCUAGAUGAAUGGUGUAGUGUAACACGCUGUGAAGUAAUGCAGCUUGUGAGUUAUUGGAACUGACCACAUAAUGCUUUAUUUAAUUGUUUGCAGUGUGACUGUGGAGGUUUUUGUUUAUCUGGAAUUGAAUGUCAGGUUUUGCUUCGGUUUACACUGCCAGUGUUGUAACUCCUACAGCAGUCUGUGCGUGAGAUUAGACGUGUUGAUUUUGAAGUUGAUAUAGCCGCUUGUCCAGGGUGGUGAAAUUGAUUCAGUUUCUUGUGGUGUGUGCUUUAUGUCUCAAUUACUCAAUUAUUUGUGUGUAUUUGCUGUACUUAAAGGGAUAGUGCAUUCAAAAAUGAAAACUCUGUUAUCAUUUACUCACCCUCAUGUCAUUCCAAACCUGAUUAUAUUUCUUUUGAGAAACAGAUAAAGAUAUAUGUAUUCUUUUUUUUCAUGAUUGGACCCUAUUAUAUAAACAAAACAUUCUUCAGCAUGUGUGUUGAAAAACAUGAGGCUGAGUAAAUAACAGUGUUCGUUUUUGGUUGAACUGUCCCUUUAAAUGUGCUGGUUUUGGUACGUUUUCUGAAAGGACCCUUUUAAAAUGAUGCACACUAAAUGUGUGUCAUUCAAAUUCACUUUUUUUUUUUUUAAUUCCAGUAUGAUAGGAUUUGAGAUAAAGCUGAGAGUUAAAUCAGAGGCAGCAGUGCUCAAACUCUUGCACUUGCAGAUAUUUUGACUGUGCGCUAUAUAGUUUGACACCACAAUUAUGAAGGAAUUCAAAGUUUCUUUUAUUUUGAACUGGAAGUGAGUUUAUUUUAAUACCAACCACUUUUGUCCUUUGACCACUCCAAGCACAAAGUCACUUUUGCUUUUGUCAUAGAACUGAAUGAUUUUGAAGUGACUCAAAUGAGCAAAUACAAAUACAUACAGAUAUACAGUUUAUGUUAUUGGUAAAAUUAUCCUCAUUUUAGUUGCUAAUCAAAUUCUGUGUACAUCUUGAAAUUGUUAAUGGAAUGAUUAUGGUUUUGACUAAACAUGAUUGCUUUACUUAUCAAUGAGUAUUCAGUAAUACAUGGUGUGAAUUAAGCUAUAGGGAAAUCUCUGUGAGAAUUGCCAGAGUAAUGGAAAUGUUUGCAGUAUUCUGUACUAGUCUGUUGAUUCAAAGAGGAAAAGCACUCUUGAGUUUGCGCCAUCCACUUUAAGUAUGAUCUAAUAGUUGUUUUUUGGGGGGUCAAUUUCCAUUAUUUCAAAGAGAAGUUAGCCAUGAAAUGUUUGAACGUGCUCAUACUUUCCUAGUAUGCUGAUGAUCUUCCUUAGAAAAGCUCUGGCUAAAAUUCCUUUGUAAACGUUCCCUUUACAGAGUUUACUUUGUAAGUUGACUUAAGUUUGCAUAUUUCAGAUCCUCAACAGAGAGAAAGACAUGCAAAUCUUAAGAUGAGUAGUUUUCUUUGGAGACGUUGCAUUGAUUGAGCAAAGUGUUUUGCCAAAUUGCGUUGACUAAGAAGGCCCAUAGAAAUUUGCUUCUGCACUCUGGGAGAUGUGUAUUGGAUUAUAUAAUGAAGAGGGAACCCAACUUGUCAGAAAUGAAGCAGAACCAUUCAUAGUGCGAACAUCAAAACCAGCAAUGCAUAUCUGAAUUCAUGCGUUUCAUGCCCUUGUCUUUAAUCCAAAGGUAUAUGUGUUCCUUUCUUAUUCUCUUUUGGUAGGGUCUUUUAUGUACAAAGGGAAUCCUGUACAGUACUUCCACAGCAAUCUUUUAUUUAUAAAAAAGAGUGUGUGAGGCAAAUGUGUGACAAGAAUAAUUCAAUGAGGAAUAAUAACCAGCAUAUUAAAUAAAGACUUAUUUUACAUUAAA